AUGAUUAUCAUCUUGAUUCUUUCCGCAUUUUAUCACUUUUACCUAAAGCCGCCAAGUAAAACAGAAAGGGAUGGAGUGAAAGAUGAAGAUAUUGCAGAAAUUGAUUCGCUUAUCGUAUACCCAGUCAAAAGCGGAAGAGGGAUUGAACUGGAUGAUGCAAUGGUAUCUCGCAAAGGAUUCAAAUUUGAUCGAAGAUGGGCAGUCGUUGCGAAAAAGGGAUUGAAAAGGCUCAACUUAAAGGAUGAACCAAAGAUAACACAUAUCAUUCCUUCCUUCGAUUACGAUAACAACAUGCUCAGAUUGCGGAUAGGAAAGGAAUCAAAAGUACAAUUACCCGAUAUUGGUGUGCCUCUAGAGAUUGACGAGAAAACGCUACGAACAUGGCCGCAUGUAGAGAAUAUAAGCUUUUAUGGCGAUUUUGCUGAUGGCAGAGAAUCCCAACUUGCUCCGGGUGAUUGGGGAUAUAAAGGAACGCCUAGCGACUGGGUAUCGGAGUUGGUUGGGUAUCCAGUACACUUUCUUCAAUUUGAUCCGGUGUCCUCUAAACGAAUCGCUUUUCCGAUCUUCAAGCCCCCUCACGAUCUUUCUCGAUGGGAGGAUGAUCGACAAAAGCAACUGAAUAGCGUUACAGGAGUGGAAUUUCAAGAUCUUUAUCCUUUCUUGGUUGCAACAAGGGAGAGUUUGGCAGAGGUAAAUGAACACGUUCAAAAAGCAAUCAAAGAAGAAAAAUUUCGAUACGAUAAAGUAUUUUGGUCACGAUCCGAUCGAGAUGUUUCUCUGCCUAUUCAGCGAUUUAGGCCGAACAUCGUUCUGCGAAGUCGAAAAGUACAAGAUGGAAAGGAUAAGGUUGCACGAUAUGCAGCCUUUAGUGAAGACAGCUGGGAGACAGUAUGGGUUGAAGCUGAGAAAGGUACACUUCCCAUUCAUCUAGUCGCUAGAUGCGAAAGGUGUUUGCUCACCACAGUUGAUCCUGAAACGGCUCAUCGUGAUCCAAAUGUACCCUUGGCAAUCUUACGUGAAACACGAGCUCGAAUCAGUCAGCCUGGAAUAAAAUCGAGACCUUCGCCGUGUUUCGGUAUGUACUCUAUACCUGAAGAACCGGCGAAUGGCUUCUUACGGAUCAAAGUUGGUGAUCCAGUUCGUGUUCGAUGGAGACCGUUUGCGUUGGACGAUGAAGUCGAAGCCGGAAGAAGACAAGUUCGAGAAGUAGCACCGGUCAGUCAACACAAGGUUCUCAAGAAAUGA